AAGUCGCUUCGUUCUCACUCAUCCGAUAGAGCUAACGAGAUGUUCAUGAGGCCAGUCAUCACUGUUGGGUCACAUUGACGAACGUUCUACAAGUACUCGGGACCGGCUUCGUCUUCCAAUAUUCACAUUCCCCACCACCUUGAACAGACCUAAAACACGCACGUUGGACGAAGCUCUCGCCUUACACUUCUGAUACAGACAACGACCCAUAUGGCCACCAUGAAUAUAUUGCCGAGAACACUACCUAUCGCCCCUCCAGACCCCUAUAUGCCCAUUUGCUCCACAGAAAACGUGUGCGCAGUUACCAGGUCGCAGUAUUUGGAGUUCAAGAACGAAGCACUUCCGAUUUGAUUGCUGCUGCUUGUGGGGAUAUAUAAAGCGCAUCAAUUACGUUGCAUUUCCCCGCUGGGUUCUGCUGGCGCCGUAACUCUCCUGGUUGGCUGGCUAGAAGAGACUGUACGCAACAAUGCAUCUCGUUCUUCCUGCUGUUGUGCUUUCUUUCGUGUCUUCGAUCAUCGCUCAGAAGAUCGUCCUCACGAAUGACGAUGGCUGGGCGGUCGCUCAAAUACGUGCUCAGUUUGAUGCAUUAACUGAGGCCAAUUAUGAUGUCAUCCUGUCUGCUCCAGCUGAGAAUAAGUCUGGCACAGGAUCGAGCACAACAACUCCUGAGCCUCGUACCGAGCCUUGUCAGUUUAACAGUUGCCCUGCUGGCUCACCUGCAGAAGGCGCCAAUGCUACCAAUCCUCGCUUCAAUUAUGUGAACGGUUUCCCUGUGGAUUCAGCGAAGUUCGGAAUCCAGACGCUUGCACCUCACUUCUUCAACUCCGCACCAGAUUUCGUCGUCAGUGGUCCUAAUGUCGGCUUAAACACCGAAUUGUCGGUAUUUGGCUCCGGGACCGUUGGCGCGGCUUGUGAAGGUGCAAAGGAAGGCAUUCCCUCAAUUGCUUUCUCGGGACAAGGGUCAUCCGCAGUUUCGUAUACCACCCUCGAUUCGGAUCCUACGUCUUCUUCGACCCUCUCUGCUCUCUUCAACGCCAAUCUGACGACCAUAUUCAUGAAGGCGCUCUCUGCGUCUACAGCAUCACCUGUUUUACCUUCGGGCGUCGCGCUGAACGUCAAUUUCCCCCAUUUAGACGCCUCGACCUGCGCUCAGCCAUCUGACGUCCAAUGGGUUUUCGCCAGAGCUUUACCCUCUCUCCUACCUACCGACGUCAAUAUAUGCGACAAUGGGGGGAGGUUGCCGGUGGACGAGACGGUGGUGCAUGCUGGUUGUUUCGCGAGCGUAGUCGUUAUUGACGCGAGCUGGAAGAUCGAUGUACUUGGAAGUACCCAGCGGAAAGUGCUGGAUAGCCUGAGUCACCUUGACUUCGCUUGUCUCCCGAAUUAAUGAUACCAUUGUCGUAGGAAGUAGAAGGAGAUAGGCUUGUAACCACUUAACGUUACAAGGUAUAUUGUCCAGUAACAAUACAACGAAGACGGGCUGUGCUUUACAUACUACGCAUACAAGUCCAACAAACUAAGUGG